CUCAUAUCUCUUAGAGACGAGACCGGUGGGAUCGGCUGCUUUCGCGGAACCGAGCUGGCGCCCGAACCCACUAAUCUCCGUGGUCGGGAUAUCACGGGCCCGAACAUUGCUCGAUCCGAUUGAGCAUCGCGCUGAUACUGGAACCUCCGGACUGCUAGAGACUGAGACUUCUCGCCGUGUCUCGCCGAACGUGAAUCAUGGCUAUUGUGGAAUGGUGCGAGGUUCAGCGUUUGUUCCAUCCCCAUUAUUUGUUGACAGUUAUCUUGGCCACUAUUUUCUUUCCUCUGCGGAUAUGUGCCCCAGUGUGCGAAAUCCUUUUCCCGGAUAAGGGAUGUCAGCUCGACUACAGAGAGACCGAGAUUCUAUUCUUCCUGAUCAUCGUCAUCCUUUUUCGUACACGGAAAUUGGCCACCACUUCACUCGUGCCCUACGUCAGCGCGGCCUCUAUGUACACUAAAGUAGCAAUGGUCAUUCUCUUCUUCUACAACGAUGUUCGCUACGGGAUCAUUUACUCGAUCGUUUGCAUCGUCCACCUGAUGGUGUUUCCCGAACCGACCUACAGCGGACCCGACGUAGCGGUUUACUUCACCUCGCAAACCCUCGAAGAAGAAUUGCAAAAGGAUAAACGUGUCGUAUGGAUCGUGGAGUUCUUCGCGCUGUGGUCGCCCCCUUGCAUCAACUUCGCAUCAGACUUCAGGAGGAUCUCCGCAAAAUAUACAUUAGAAAACUUGCGCUUUGGCAAAAUUGAUGUGACUAGGAAUCCCGAAGCCGCCGCGAAAUACCAUAUCAACACGUCGGCCUUAUCGAAACAGCUCCCGACACUUAUUAUGUUCAAAGAUGGGAAAGCCCUGAUGCGUCGACCCACCGUCGAUUCAAAGUCCAAGCUGGUAAAAUUCAACUUCUGCAUCGAGAAUAUUGUGAACGAAUUCGACCUCAACAAUCUCUACAAUGAGCUCAAGAACGACAAGAUCAAUAAGAAGGCAGCGAAGCAGGAAGGAUCAAAGAAAACGAAUUGAGCGAUUUCUAUUCAAUUGAAGGGAGGCUUUGCUGGGAUCCGGGGAGCUAGGAAUGGGAAUCUGAUCACUGCCAGUUUCUUCCGCAUGGUCAUGUACGGUAGAUUGAGUUUGAGGGAAGGAACGCCAAGGAUCCCCGGAAGCUCGGUGCUGCUGAGAGGAUCUCGGUUCCGUGCAGUAUAUGUAGCAUCGUACGACAUUCGGUUUCGGUAUCGACGCAGGAUGUUCGAGAUUUCCUCACUCAGAGCAGUGUUCAUGAUUGGUGUGUUCGUCGCCCUGUGAGGAGAUAG